GGAAUGUAUCCGUGAACGAACCAAACAUCAACGGAGCAUAUACAAAUACACAAGCGGCUAAAUUCUGAAAUUCUUUAACUGUUCUUUUCUACUUUUAUUUCCCUUCUGCUUCCAUAAUGUCUGACGAGGAGGAGGACUAUAUGUCUGACGCAUUCCUUAGUAAAAUUCAAGAUGUGAAACCAGGCGUCAACAUGGUGAGGCGAGUAAAAGAAGAUGAAAAGGAGGCACAGCAAAAGGAAAAGAACAUCAAGAACCGUCAGAAGACCUACAAGGAGCAGGAGAAGGAAAGCAGGGAAACAGCUCUGCAGAGCUCCAUCAGCAAUGAGAACAAGGGAUUUGCACUUCUACAAAAAAUGGGUUACAAAGCAGGUCAAGGCCUCGGAAAGGAGGGCAACCGGGAGGUUGAUCCAAUUCCACUUAAUAUCAAAACAGACAGAGGAGGCAUUGGAAUGGAAGAGGCGAAGAAAAGAAAAGCUGAGAAGAACUUAACAUUUCGGCAAAAAAUGCGAGCCGAACAACAGAAUGAGACAAAAUCUCUGGAAGAUUUUAGGUCAAGGGUAAGGACAGAGAGAGAGGAACGAAAGAUUGAAGUGACCUCAGGAGGAGUCAGCGGUCUUGUGAGCAGCUUGACAGUCAGAAGAGCAUAACUGUACCUCGAGAAGACUGGUACUGCCUAAAGCAAAUGCUGAUGAUGAGGAAAUGGUUUAAAG